UUCCCCUCGUAUCGUGAUCAGACAGGGAGACACGGACCCGGCUGAAACUGUCAAAAGUUUACCAACUCCAGGAGGAUGGUGUGUGGGUAAGAAGGAGGCGACCGAGACUGCAGACAGGAGAUCAGCCCCUCUCUGCUCUGGAUCUUACCCCUGUCUCCAGGAAUCUGUGAUAUCUGAUGCACUGGAUGUGAAGUUUACUUAACUAUCGGGGAUAAUUGGAAUAAGAAAAGAUUUCCCCCAAGGAUCUUGGGAUUUCUGUGGACUUCUCACUGACAACCUGACAACAGGAUGAAGAGACCUGGUCUGAGCCUGAGACACCUAGGAGCUGCUUUACUCCUAAUCACCUUGUUUCCUUUCAUGACUUGUGAUACCAAAGACGACAGAGUUGUUUGCUUGGGAAAUGAUAACAAGUUGACACAAAUGUACACGGUUGACGAACACUACAACUUUAUGAAGAGGAUGUACAAUGGAUGCCAGGUUGUACUUGGAAGUCUGGAACUCACCCACUUAAAACGGAAUCAUGACCUAUCUUUCAUAAAGGAAAUACAAGAAGUUGGAGGAUAUGUUUUUAUUGGUGUUAACGCUGUUAAGACCAUUCCUCUGGUCAACCUUAGAAUUAUCCGAGGUAACAGUUUGCAUAAGAACGCUGCGCUCUCCGUAUUUUCAAACUUCGCGGAUAGGAACGAAAAAAUUGGUUUGGAGCAGCUGCCUUUGAGAAAUUUACAAGAAAUUAUUCAUGGUGGAGUUACCAUAAGAAACAAUCCAAUGCUUUGCAACGUAGAUUCCAUGAAUUGGAAGGACAUUGUUAAUCCAAACCAUGUAAUUGCUGUGGAAAAGAGUACCCGCACAAACUGUCCUGCAUGUGAUGAGGCUUGCAAUGGAACGUGCUGGGGACCUGGUCCAGAGAACUGUCAUACAACUACAAAACUCAGUUGUGCCCAACAAUGCCCUGGACGUUGCAGGGGACCAAUGCCCAGUGAUUGCUGCCAUAGUCAGUGUGCCGCUGGAUGCACAGGUCCUAAAGAAACAGACUGCCUGGCAUGCAGAAGGUUUCGUGAUGGUCAAACAUGCAUGGAAAACUGUCCUCCGCUGUAUAUGUACAAUGUGAAUACAUAUCAAAUGGAACCUAACCCUUUAGGGAAAUACAGUUUUGGCGCCUCAUGUGUCACAAAAUGUCCACAUAAUUAUAUAUCGACAGACCAUGGAUCUUGUGUUCGGACUUGUAGUUCUGGUUCAUAUGAGGUAGAGGAUGAAGGCGCCCGCACCUGUAAAAAGUGUGAUGGACCAUGUCCGCAAGAGAAAAUUUGUGAUGGUAUCGGGUUUGGAGCUUUAGAACAUACUUUAGCCAUAAAUGCCACCAACAUUGGUAGUUUUGAAAAUUGUACAAAAGUUAAUGGAAAUAUAUACCUCUUGCCGUUAGUUGCCGUAGGUGAUCCUUUUACCAACACAAAAGGUUUGGAUCCAGCUAGCUUGAAUAUUUUUAGAUCUAUCCGAGAAAUAUCAGGUUAUUUAAUGAUUCAGUGGUGGCCGGCAAAUUUCACUGAUUUGAGUAUUUUUGAGAACCUGGAAAUAAUCAGAGGCAGAACUAAACAAUAUGGAAGUUACUCGCUUGCUGUAACACGUACCCCCAUAUCGUCACUGGGAUUACGCUCUCUCAGGGAAGUGAGUGAUGGCGACAUUGUAAUUAGACAAAAUCCCAAUCUCUGUUAUACUGACUCAAUGAAUUGGACAACUUUAUUAAGAGCAAACCAACAACAGAAGACGAUCUUGGAAAACAGAAACGCUGAGGAAUGUGCUGCUGAAGAAAAGAUUUGUCAUCCCUCUUGUUCUAAUGGUUGUUGGGGACCUGGACCCUCGCAGUGUCUUUCCUGUAAAGCGUUCAAACGUGGAAGAGAAUGUGUGUCAUCCUGCAAUAAGCUUACAGGUAAUCCAAGAGAAUUUAUUGAAAUUGGUGAAAUGUGUGUUUCAUGCCACCCUGAGUGUCUGCAGUUGAAUAACACUGUUACCUGCGAUGGACCAGAUGCAAAUCAGUGCACAAAAUGUGCUCAUUACAUUGACGAAGAACACUGCGUGAAAAACUGCAUACCUUCCUAUUAUGGCGACAAUGAUGUCCUAAUUCCAAAAUAUCCAGAUGAAGCUGGAGUUUGUCAAUUCUGUAGCUUAGAAUGCAAGACAGGGUGUACAGGUCCUGGUAUUAAAGGCUGUAAAUCUUCUGGAUCCAGUGUGGCGUAUAUUGCUGCCGGUGUCGUUGGAGGCAUUCUGGCAGCUGUUGUGUUAGGAUUGGUUGCAUUUUUCUUUAUGCGAAGAAAUCGUAUUAACAGAAAGCGGACUCUUCGUAGAUUACUGCAAGAAAGAGAGUUAGUGGAACCUAUUACUCCCAGUGGUGAAGCUCCAAACCAAGCACUUCUUCGAAUCUUGAAAGAAACUGAAUUCAAGAAGAUAAAGGUCCUUGGGUCAGGAGCAUUUGGGACUGUAUAUCAGGGUCUUUGGAUUCCAGAAGGUGAGGGCAUCAAAAUUCCUGUUGCUAUCAAAGAGUUACGUGAGGCCACAUCACCUAAAGCCAACAAGGAAAUUUUAGAUGAAGCGUAUGUUAUGGCCAGUGUGGAUAAUCCUCAUGUGUGCCGUUUGCUGGGAAUUUGCCUAACCUCCACUGUCCAGUUGAUCACACAGCUCAUGCCUUACGGCUGUCUUCUUGACUAUGUUCGUGAACAUAAAGACAAUAUUGGCUCAAGACAUCUUCUCAACUGGUGUGUGCAGAUUGCUAAGGGAAUGAGUUAUCUUGAAGAUCGACGAUUAGUCCACAGAGAUUUAGCUGCCCGCAAUGUCCUUGUAAAGACACCAAACCAUGUUAGAAUUACAGAUUUUGGGUUGGCCAAGCUUUUGGGGGCAGAUGAAAAGGAAUAUCAUGCAGAAGGUGGAAAGGUCCCAAUUAAAUGGAUGGCACUGGAGUCCAUUUUGCACAGAAUAUAUACCCAUCAAAGUGACGUGUGGAGCUACGGCGUCACAGUAUGGGAGCUUAUGACUUUCGGGUCUAAACCAUAUGAUGGAAUUCCAGCCAGUGAAAUUUCAACAAUUCUAGAAAAAGGAGAGCGUCUUCCUCAGCCUCCCAUAUGCACUAUUGAUGUGUACAUGAUUAUGGUGAAAUGUUGGAUGAUAGACGCUGAAAGUCGUCCAAAAUUCCGUGAGUUAAGCGCAGAAUUUAGUAAGAUGGCUCGUGACCCGACACGCUACCUUGUCAUACAGGGAGAUGAUAGAAUGAAUUUACCCAGCCCCCCUGCCUCUAAGAUCUACCAGACUUUGAAUGAUGAGAUGGGAGAUAUUGUUGAUGCUGAAGAAUAUUUGAUUCCGCAUCAAGGAUUUUUUACCAGCCCCCAAACAUCUCGAACGCCGCUCCUGAGUACAAUGAGUUCAACAAGCAACAAUUCACCCAUCAUAUGCAUUACUCGAAAUGGGGAUCUGCCACUCAGAGAAGACAGCUUCAUCCAGAGAUAUAGCACCGACCCAACAGUCAUUUUGAAUGACAGCAUUGACGAAGAAUUCCAUCCUAUUCCAGAAUAUGUCAACGAGACGAAUUCAAAGCCACAGAUCUCAACCAUCGCAAACCCAGUUUACCAUAAUUUCCUUCCCGGGGACACAAAGCCUUCAAAUGGCAUUCAUAGGAAUUCCAAUGGGAAUGGUGUGAACAAUCCAGAAUACCUGAACUCAGGUCAGACCUUCGUAAACCACUCAGAAAAUGACUAUCCUGCCAUCUGGGAGCAAAAAAUUGGCCAGCAAAUAAGCCUGGACAAUCCUGACUACCAACAGGACUUUUUCCCAAAAGAAACCAAAAUCAAUGGAUUUAAAAUUCCUGCGGCAGAAAAUCGUGAAUAUUUGGCAUUGGCACCAAAAAGCGACUAUAUUGAAGCUUCAGCAUGACCACUAGCUGGUUCAAACAUUCCUGGCAUUCUGCCAACUGGGGCACAGUGAGUUCUCAGAGGACGCUUGUAGACAAUGGACCCUAAUGAAUUGAAUGCAUAUUGCAGUACUUGGGCACUUACACUUGUACAUUGAAUAUAUUGGGAUCUAUAGCUCCCAGUGAAUCAUCCUCAAUGUUCCUCUGUUGUUUUGUUCUGAAAGACAACACCUCUAACACUUUUAUAUAUAAAUAUAUAUUGAGAGAUUUUUUUUUUAAUUUGCAAAAAAUGCUUUUUAAUUCCUGUGUUUUUAUAAUGUGUCAAGAUAUCCUUUCACCUUUUUGUUUUCUGUGUUUUGUCCAAGUUAACUGGUAUUUGUGCAUAAAAGUCAAUAUACAGAACCUGUUGUCAUUCUAAGCAUGAAAUCUAGUGUAUAAGGUAUAUUUUAAUAUUUAGCAGUCUUAUGUCGGGGAAAAGAGAGGCUACCGUAAAAAAAAAAAGUACAUAAUCACAACUAGAUGUUUUCCAAUGGCAUUUCAUAUGUCUGUGUUUUGGAACUGACUCAUUGGAUAAUAUGUAUAUAUUGGAGUAUAAUAAGUGUAAAAUUGUUUAAAAUCGGAUUCAUGUAUGGCACUGAAUUGCACAGCGAUUUUCAAACAUAGCAAACCUCAUUAUCAUAUGUAAGGCAAAGCGUGACCGAUUUACCAGUGGUCGUCAGGGCAGACAACGUAGCAUGGUGUACCACAUGUUCAGAUAGGAGGGCUAUCACCACCUUAAAUGGGUUUUCCAAGAGUCUGAUUGGUGUGGGUCCAACUCCUGGCCCCUCGCAGAUCAGCUGUUUGAAGAGGCCAUUGAAUUCCUGUGAGUGCUACGGCCUCUUUAUAGACCAGUGACAUCACGUUCAUUGGUUACAUUGCCUAUUCGCAGCUCAGUCCUGUUGAAGUGAAUAGGCCAAGCACCACCAUUAUACAAUGUAUGGCGCUGUGCUUGGUAAGGUGUGAGGAGGCCACAGUGCUCAUGGCCUCUUCAAAAGGCUGAUUGCCAGGAAUCGGACCCCCACUGAUCAGAUAUUGAUGAUCUGCACUAAGGGUAUGCCAUCAAUAUUGAACUUCAGGAAAACACCUUUGAAAGAUUAAUUACAGUGUUGCCUGCUGAUUUUCUGAGACUUUUUAACUGAUGACCUAUCCUCUGCUAUUUGAGAAGGCACCGAGGCUCACAGUAGCGCAAUGGUCUUCUCUCUUAUACAUUGUACAGCGGCUGUGCUUGAUAUCGCAGCUUAACCCCACUCACUUGAAUGGGGCUGAUCUGCAAAUAAGCCAUGUGACCAAAAAACGUGACGUCACUAGCCUAAGAUAAGCUACAAGAAGGCCUUGGCGUUUAUAGGACUUCCGCAGCCUACUCAAACAGCUGAUUGGUUGGGAUCCUGGGUUAAAAAGUCAUGGAAGGCAUAACUUGUAACUAAGGGGUCCAAAUUUGAACUGUAAAACAGGGCCUCCCCGUGUAUCAUGUACUAUUUUAAUACUAGUGUUUUCUUAUGUGGCAGAGGGGGCUAUAGGCACUCAGGUACCAAGGUCCAGGUUGACUGCUACCUCAAUACCCCUAUAGCUAUGGCCCUAGUAUACUAGACUGUGUGUAAAGGACUGGGUUAACAAGGGUUAUAUGAGAAUGGAAGAAGAGUUUGAUCCUUUUUCAAUGAACCAUGUCCAUGAGCUGUGUCUGGCAUGCAGCAGAUCUCCAUUCAGUUAAAAAGGCCUGAGCUGCAGAGGUAGCAGACCGGGUCCAUAAACAAAUAUAUGGUGCUGUUGCAGGAAUCUCAUACAACCCUUUUAACGACAAGGCUUGUGGGU